GCGAUAACUGGUUCUGAAAAAGAGGGAAAUAGUCUGGCCGUGUGGGAAAAACUGGGCCAUUCAUUGAGGGACUGGAAUAACAUCGUCAAGUGUGAAAAUGGAUUUCAAGGAAACAUUUUUAUUUGUUGCGUCUCCAGAAAGCUUAGGAUAAGCUACAAUGGAAAAGUGUGGAUAAAGGAAAUUUUCCCUCUGGAAACUUUUUGUUUGAAUACCAGUGGGACCAAAGAGGAUAUCUGUCACCACCUGAUUUCUGUUGUUAUUGUUGUUUUGUUGUGCUAAAGUUAAAUAAGUUAUUCUGUUGUGAAAAGUGUGAUAAAUUUUGUUAAUAAAUUAUGUCUGGAUCAUCAAGAACACAAAAUCCUCACGGGUUACGACAGAUUGGAUUGGACCAGAUCUGGGACGACCUACGGGGUGGAAUUCAGCAUGUAUACAGACGCCAGAGCAUGGCCAAGACUCGGUACAUGGAACUCUACACACAUGUCUAUAACUAUUGUACAAGUGUCCACAACCCUGGUCAAAGUGGUCAGCAGCAAGCCAGAGGACCUGCAGGCCGCCGCCAAAAACCUCCCACAGGGGGAGCACAGUUUGUUGGUCUGGAGUUGUAUAAGAGGUUGAGAGAGUUCCUCAAGUCAUAUCUCGUCAAUUUAUUAACGAAUGGUCAAGAUUUGCUGGACGAACAGGUGUUAUCCUUUUACACCAAACAGUGGGAAGACUAUCAGUUCUCCAGUAAAGUACUAAACGGUGUGUGUGCCUACCUAAACCGUCACUGGGUUCGGCGUGAGUGUGACGAGGGCACCAAGGGCAUCUACGAAAUCUAUUCUCUUGCACUAAUAACAUGGAAGGACAACCUAUUCAAGCCACUGAACAAACAGGUGACUAAUGCAGUGCUGAAGUUGAUUGAGAAAGAGCGAAAUGGAGAAACCAUUAAAACAGGCCUUGUGAGCGGGGUUAUCAACUGCUAUGUGGAACUUGGCCUGAAUGAGGAAGACCCCACUGCUAAGGGGCCAACGUUGACAGUGUACAAAGAAAACUUUGAGUCUCCCUUCCUUGAUGACACAGAAAGAUUCUUUACUCGGGAGAGUACUGAAUUUUUACGUCAAAAUCCUGUCACAGAAUAUAUGAAAAAGGCGGAAGCUCGACUGAUGGAAGAGCAGAAGCGUGUCCAGCUAUAUCUACACGAGAGCACACAGGACGUCCUAGCCCGCAAGUGUGAGAAGGUCCUCAUCGAGAAACAUUUGGAGAUUUUCCAUUAUGAAUUUCAGAAUUUGCUUGAUGAUGACAAAAAUGACGAUCUGGGCCGUAUGUACCAGUUGGUUUCAAGAAUUCAGGAUGGACUUGGAGAACUGAAAUCCCUCCUAGAGACCCACAUCUAUAACCAGGGAGUGGCUGCCAUAGACAAGUGUGGAGAGUCUGCCCUUAAUGAUCCCAAGGUCUAUGUUCAGACUAUACUGGAUGUCCACAAGAAGUAUCAUGCCCUCGUCAUGACUGCCUUCAGCAAUGAUGCCGGAUUUGUAGCUGCUCUUGAUAAGGCUUGUGGCAGGUUUAUCAACAAUAACUCUGUAACCAAGCUAGCCAAUGCCUCCAGUAAAUCACCCGAGCUGCUGGCACGCUACUGUGAUCUCCUUCUUAAAAAGAGUUCUAAGAACCCAGAAGAGGCGGAACUUGAAGAUACUUUAAACCAAGUUAUGGUAGUUUUCAAGUACAUCGAGGACAAAGAUGUGUUCCAAAAGUUCUACAGCAAGAUGUUAGCCAAACGGCUUGUACAACACAUGUCCGCCAGUGACGAUGCCGAGGCCAGCAUGAUAUCCAAACUCAAGCAAGCUUGUGGGUUUGAGUAUACGUCCAAGUUACAGCGCAUGUUCCAGGACAUCAGUGUCAGUAAAGAGCUUAACGAUCAGUUCAAGGAACAUCUUAAAAAAUCAUCAGAGGAUGAACUUGACAUUGACUUCAGUAUAGAAGUCCUCAGUUCUGGAUCAUGGCCAUUCCAACAGUCGUCAUCAGCUUUCUCUUUACCUCAGGAGAUGGAAAGGAGCUUCCAAAGAUUUACAUGUUUCUACAGCAACCGGCACAGUGGGCGGAAACUGAACUGGCUGUACCACAUGUCUAAAGGGGAGUUGGUGACGCACUGCUUCAAAAACAGAUACACUCUACAGGCGUCAACCUUUCAAAUUGCCGUCCUUCUGCAGUUCAACAUUACUGACUCUAUGUCUGUCCAACAAGUACAAGACAGUACACAAAUCAAAAUGGACACCCUUGUACAAGUGCUGCAGAUUCUGCUGAAAUCCAAAUUACUGGUGACUGAGGAGGAUGAGAACACCCUGUCACCCUUGGCACAACUAUCUCUGUUCUUCGGCUAUAAAAAUAAAAAGCUUCGUGUGAAUAUCAACGUUCCCAUGAAAUCUGAAGUGAAGACCGAACAAGAGGCAACCCAUAAACAUAUAGAGGAGGACAGGAAGCUUCUAAUACAGGCUGCCAUAGUUAGGAUAAUGAAGAUGAGGAAGAUGUUGAAACAUCAACAGUUACUGGCUGAAGUGCUAAACCAGCUUUCUUCUCGAUUCAAACCCCGUGUUCCUGUUAUUAAGAAAUGCAUAGAUAUCUUGAUAGAGAAAGAGUACCUUGCUCGUGUGGAAGGACAGAAAGACACAUACAGUUACUUGGCCUAGUGGGCUAUGCCUUCCUUUUUCUCGGUCACAGUCACUCAGGCAGAUCUGGGUAUGGGAGAAUGGUCAACUGGGAUCUAUUGAUUUCAUCUCAUAUUGUUAUUCUGCAAAUAUCCUGGACAGUGUGGCAAGGUUUCUGUGGAUAAUUCAGCAACUAUGACUAGAAGAUAAGGACAGCUGUCUUCUUCAUCUUAGACUGUUGGAAUCUAAAAACUGUUUCCAGAUGAAAAAGAUCCUGGCAAAAUGUGUACAUCUGAAAUACAUAAAAGAACAAUUUUUUUCAGAGAUGAAAUGUACAAUGUUUUUUGGGAAAUGACUGUAUGGGAGAAAGAAAUAGUAGCCAGAAGAAUUGUUUUGGGACUUUGAUUGGAGAUGUAGUGUAUAUUGAGAACAUUUUUGAUAAAGAGGGAUGUAAAAAGUAACCUGGGAGUUGUCUCCCUUUCCUCCAAGGCCGCGCUGGUUGAUGGAAUGCAUGCUUUUCCUGAGAAAGGAAACUCAGCACCACAUUUUCAAUUUGACAAUUAUCUGGACUAACUGAAUGAAUGUUUAUAUAUUGGAAGUUGACAGAUUGUAAGUAAAGCUUGUAUUUUUUUCCAC